AGGACAAGUCGACGUUAAUACCGAAGCAGCCACAGCCAUGACUAGACGAAGUGGUCGCCUGCAGAAAAGAUCUGAAAAUGCUCCAGGGCAGAAAGGCAACACAACAAAGCGCAGCAACAGAAAAAAGGUUCAGCCCCUGUCAAAGCUGCAGUGUGAGAAGAACCAGCUGGUACUUGAAGGUGUCGCCAAGCCUUGUAAUCUCAUAGAGACUCAUGAGAAGGGAGUCACAGUCGACCAUUAUGAACCCAGCUAUGAAGUUCCCACUGCAGGAGAUUCCUUGGUUUGGCAGUCACCUCUGCCUCAUCUUGGAUGGGGAUCUUCUGAAGAUGUGUGGGUGAAGAUGGUCGGCAGGGAGCAGAAUUACACACACAGCAAGAGCUUUAUGCAGAAGCAUCCCACAAUACAACCCAGAAUGAGAUCAAUCCUCCUCGACUGGUUAAUUGAGGUGAGCGAGGCCUAUACUCUUCACCGGCAGACGUUCUACCUGGCACAGGACUACUUUGACCGGUUCAUGUUGACCCAGAACAACAUUGAAAAGAAUAUGCUGCAGCUUAUUGGAAUAACCUGUCUUUUUAUAGCAUCAAAGAUGGAGGAAGCCUGUCCUCCAAAGCUCUCCCAGAUGGCCUAUGUGACUGCAGGGACCUACUAUGAAGACGAGAUUCUUCAAAUGGAGUUAAUUAUUUUAAAGGCAUUGAGUUGGAACCUUUCUCCUGAAACAGCCGUGUCUUGGCUGAAGCUUUACUUCCAGGUGGCAUCGAUGAACACCAACUCUGACCUGCUGGAGCCACAGUUUCCACAGGACACUUACAUACAAAUGACACGUCUUUUAGACCUGUGUAUCCUCAACAUAAACUCUCUGGACUUCCAGUAUCGAGUGUUGGCUGCCUCUGUCCUGUGCCAUUUCAUUCAUCAGGAAACAGUUGAAAAAGUUUCAGGACUGUCGAAAGAAGCUACCCAGCUGUGUGUUAACUGGAUGGCCCCCUUUGUGGAAUCGCUGGGCCAGUUUGGGAGAGCGACCCUAAAGGAUUUUACCACAAUAAAGAAAGAAGACAGACACAACAUCCAGACGCACACAGACUACAUGACCAUGCUGGAGAAUGCCAGUAAAAAUGAGAACAGCCAGUUUCCCACUCCUCCCAACAGCACAGAGAAAACCUGCCAACACUGAACUGCAAGAGGAAGACUGAAGCGAGUGUGAACAAAGAGGACUCAGGGUUAAGGUCCCACACAGACUUGAUUUGUUUAGUGGAGACGGCUCCUAGCCAGUGGGAAAAGGCUAACGAGGAUACUGAUUGCAUUAUCCAGGAUAUUUUAGGCUUUUAAAUCUGCUAAAGCUUGCUUGUUUGUUUUUUGUUUUUUUUAAAUAAGUGGGUGCUUUUGAUUCAGAAAAAUAUUUUGCUGUAAAAUAUGAGUUUCAUUUCUAGGAAAUGCUGUUUUAUUAUUGAAAGUAACCUGCAGUUUACUUUUGUAGCAUUAAAUGCAUACUGUCUGAAACACUGCUUCAGGGUUAAAAUAGAUGCAGAUGAAAACAAGCUACUUCAUCUGUCGGCCAAUAUCUAAACUAGGUGCGAAAGGUAACUUUAAAGCGCUGAUGUAUGAUACACUGUUUCAUGAACCCUGAUGAAAGCCAUGUGUAAGAAAGCAUGGGCUGAAUAAAGUGCAUACAGUGUGGUUAUCUUUACCAUGCUGCUGUAACUUGACAGUGAUGUAAUUUUAAAAAAAUCAUUCCAAAUGAUUACAAGUGUACAGAUGAUCAACUGUAUUUAUUUAGUUUAUUUUUUACCACAAAAUAAAAUAUACAUUUCCAUCCCCCCCA